AUGACUGAAUUAAGUAAAUCUAUCACUUAUGCAAGGUCAUCGACAAUUUCAGAAACAAAUGAACUGAGAUCCAAUUUAUCCGAUAUAUCUUCAUCAGAGGGUUCGUCCAGAUCAUAUAGUCCUCUGCCAGAUCUUACUAUAGAAAGGACUACUGACGAUACUACCUUCAAAACAAGUUCAAAUAAUACUAGUGCAUUAAACGAAGGUGCUAUGAGCCCCGAUCUCAAUGAAAGCGAAUCAUCAGACUUGGAUUUCGAAUUACAACCGUUAUUUAAAAUAAAUCAGUCGGAAAGAAACAAUCAAGACUCAAACAGUUCAAAUUUCACUGUGGUGGUCACUGAUGAUUCAGGUGAAAUCGAAACUACGCGAAGAGAUAAAUGUGAUGUCGCCACCGUCAUGGCGUUCGCCGCUUUCGAUUCCGCCGCUAAAAAGGGUCAUAAAGCAGACUUAGCGAAGAAAUUGACGACCUCCAAGUUUUCUGCGCUUACUGAUGAAACUACUGACGUAUCGACUAUUAAGACAGAUUGUAUAGUUGUUCGCUAUUCUGACAAUGAUGCUCAAAAAAUCUGCAGCGUGUUCUGGGAACUGUAUAAGAUUUUUAAAUAG